AUGGCUACCCGUAAUAUUCUCUUUAUCAGUGCGAAUAGAGGCCUCGGGCUGGGGCUGCUGAAGGUCUUCAAGGAAAGCGGAUACAAUGUCUUCGGCAUCGAAAUCAUCGCUGCCGCCGCCCAAAGCUAUGGCAAUGAUCGAGCUCUCGAUGUUCUGUUGGACACUACCGCCGAAUCGCUGAUUUACCAGUACCGUAUCAUAACGGUAGGACUAUUACUCGCCAGCAAAUCCCUCCUCCCAAGCCUUAAAAAGAGCAAGUUUGUUAAAAUCGUCAACAUUACCUUGGAGUGGAUAUCCAUUGCAGCCAACAAUUGCAGAACACACAUCAGCUACCGCGUACCCAAAUCGGUACUCAAUGCGCUCAGAAUCUCGGUUGCCAUUGAGCUCAGGGCGGCGGAGGAGAACAUUGCUGUGCUUUGUGUCAACCCUGGCGAGGUUCCAACCAAACUCAGCCGAUGGGCCGGAGAUAUUGAUCUAAACGACUCUGUGCGCAGCAUGUAUGAGCAGAUCGAGAAGGCCACCAUCGAGAACACCGGUCUGUUUGUGAACUGGAGGGGCCACAAAUAG